CUUUUUUUUUCUUUUUACUUCAGGGAGCAGACGAUCGCUCGAAAAUGGGGUUGAAACGACGGCGGAACAAAGCAGGGCACCGAUGAAGUGAUCGAUCUGGACCGCGAGCGUGGGCGUUUGAAGAAAAUGAUGACUGCCAUGGCCAGAUUGCCUUGCAAACAGACCUCGCCAUCGCAACAGCCGCGAGUGAACAAUUUCGGGAACAGUCGGAACACCUACUGGAACAUGCAGACCAGGCAUCCAGCACCUCCCUACGUCAGGAAUCAUCAACGACACACCGAUCACACCGGGAAGCGGAAGAGCGCUGUGGAACUGCUGCAGGAGACGAAGGCGUUCUACGUGAAGAGCGAGACCGUGCUGGACCGGAAACAGGAGCUGAAGAACAGCGGUCAUCUUCAGGUCUCGCAGCUGAGCGCGCCAAGCGCGCCACCCAGGCUGCUGAGAAAAUGCGGGAACACGCCGACCUGUUCGAUGCAACCGACGUCGCCGUCGCAGCUGCCACCUGCUCCGAUGACGCCACCUUGUUGUUGGGCAUCGUGCCACGAACAGGACAGGCCGGACGGAAUUCUGAGUCCUCAACAAACACUGCCACCCGCACUGCCACCGAAGAGUCCGCGUUUGGUUCCUGUUCCGCAGCGGCGCACGAUUUCGGGGCCGCCGAGCAGCACCGGUGGAGAUCAACUGCAGACGAAAUUACGACGGUUGUUGAACACCGAUAGCAAGGAGAACGUCUUCUUCCCGGACAGUCCGACGCAGACGAUCGUUCAGACGAACGGUAUUCCGCAGGAGGAGAAAUUCCGAUAUUCUCCUGGAAGUCUGUCGCCCAAUUUUCGCGAGGAUGAUCGUGUAAAGCUUGGUGUUGUACAUAUAGUUCGUGUUCGAAAGAAGAUCAACCAUUGCACGCAAGAUGUUCGCUUCAAAUUUGGCCGUAGCAAUUCGCAUUCGCAUACAUCCGGAAGAUCUGGAAGGAAAUCGACCAGCUCGCAAUCGGUGGAGAACACCGUGUGUCACAAAUCUUUGCCCGACCUCCAUACUAGCACGCGACGACGAGCGUCCCUGUCGCCACGUGCAUCGACCAAGUCAUCUAAGCCAUCCGGUCAUCAUCAAUCGUCGAGCAAUUGCCCGGAUUGUGAAACUAGUUCGGACUAUUCAGAGCACAGUUUCAAACGAGAUGCAGUCUGUUAUCGCAGUUGUUACUAUUCCAGUUCUAGACACAUCAGACGUUCGUUAGGUUCAGGUGGUGGCGAUGCGAGUAGCGUGUUGUCUGCCGGCGGUCGAACGCAAAAAUCGUCAGGCUCCAGCAAGUUAAGUCACGGAGCUACAGCGAGAGAUUCCGGAGGAUCGUCUGGACACUGUACACCUCGUAGCGAGCCUCCGCCAGUGAUACAAGAUUGCUGGAGUCAUAUACGUCGGGACAGCGGUGCAUCUACUCAACACUCGACGGAAAAAGAUCGUUCAAGAAGAGGUAGUUACGCUAACGGUACCCCACCAUCUGUUGUAAGACGCUACAGUCCUGAUUCUGAGAGCAGCAACAGUCAAACAGAUUAUAGUCCGACGUGUAACUCAAGGUUUUCCGAUGGCUGGAAAGAAGGUCGCGGCAGACCAAUUCUGAGAUCGAAAUCGGAUAUUAGCGAUCGCUAUUGGCGUCAGGAUAAUGGUCGAUCCAAUAAAGUACCUGCACGACCCCCACGGUCGAUCACCCAACUCGAGAACUUCUUUGACUGUUUAGGUCUCGAUUCGGAAAAUUAUCAACGUAUUACAAAACCGGACUCGAAAUCGUCGUCUCCUGUAUUUUUCGAUAGCGUUAGCUCCGUCGAUUCGGCGUUAGGUCUUUACUCGUGGGCUGGGAACAACCAAACGAAUCAGAGUAGUCAGUGGCAGAACAAUGAUUGCAGCGUCGGUAUGGGUAACGACGACUCUAACCAGAGGGUCAACGAUCCACCGAGCAUCGUCGAGCGUAACGCUCGAAUAAUUAAAUGGCUCUGUCAGUGCCGAAAAGUGCAGUUUGGAUUUAGUUAAGCAACGCGUUUAGAAAGAGGACAAUCGAUUCUCCAGUCUUAGUAACGUGCAUUCAAGUCAACGAAAGUAGAGUUUUCUCAUCUUGCCAACGAUUCAUUUCUCUACCUGUUACAGAAAUCUUUGCUUUGAGUUGGCUGGAAAACAGCAUGAAUGCAAGCGAGUAUUUUUCCCCCUGCUUUUCUUUUCUUCAAUUACCAAUGCUACAGCGUGUAGCCUGUUAAUUUAUCUUUCUCUUUUUCCUUUUACUUUAUAAGCAUAUGUGCCAUCUACUUAUACAACUUGUUAUGCAUUUGCGUUGCAGUUUUAAAUUGUCAUUGAAACUUCUUAGUGUAACAUUCUGUUUUUACUGAUGUGUUUUUGACAAAAUUUGUACAUAUACAGAAUCUAGAGUUGUCGAUUAUUUUCAUAUGUGUAGUAUCCUUUUGCUUGUUUGAAUAGUUUUGUUUUUAGCGGAUCACUUUAUUGCUGUAUGUUAGUUCUAUUUUUAUGACGAGUUUAUGUUCUGAUACGAAUCAGCUGAGUAUUUUUAGCGUUUUCCUUGUAACUUUGUGGUUUGUCGGUCAAGGAUGUUAUAUAUAAAAAGUAUGGAGUUUAUUGCACUGUUCUGUCUCUAAUUUAAUUAAGUAAAUUAGUCGUUGCCAAAUUUGAUUGUUAUUGCUUUUCUCGUGAAAACGUUCGCGAAUAAUCGACAUUUGUAUUAGUUUCUUAUAGAACAACAGAUUUUUUUUCUCACAUUUUUAUUUUUCAUGCCACACAUUUUAACAAUGAAUACAUUGAUUGACAUUAACAUAAUUUCUCGAGUAAUUUGAUAUUGAAUGCUAACUAAAGAUAUGGUUCGAUUUUUCUGGUUAGGAAUUGAAUUGAUAACAUCGUAGUUGUAUCAAGAGGUCGAGUUUUUAUCUUACAAUGCAGAGAAUACUUGCUGUAUUUUUUCCAGUAGCAUUAUUAUUACCAUAGUAUUAAUUCAAUCACAUUAAUGUUUUUGCUGGUGGUUCUAGAUUGUUAUAUUAAUCUGUAUUGAGCUGCAUUGUAGACAUAAUAUUGGUACAAAGUAAAAAAAGAAAUUCUAUGUGAUUUACAGAAUUUUUAAGGACUUUUCUCUGUAAAACUUUUCGCCAAUGGAAUUUAUAUAAGGAAUUUCAUAAAAUUUUCAUGUUGAUGUUAUAUCCUAUAAGUCUUGUUGAAUGAAAUUACGUUCGAUCGUUACGAAAUUAUUUUCAUAAUUAUGUAAUAUACGUAUUUUAAAACUCUUGUAACUCUUUGGAAAUUGUAAAUUUGAUUGAAAAAUUUAUCUUGUUUAUAUGAUAUAAUUAAUCUAAAUUUUAAAAGUUAAAUAUCAAUUUUAUUAUAUAAUCGGUAUUUUAUUUAUUAUAAGUAUCUACUUUGUGCCUAAAGAAAAAGUUGCGAAAUUUUAUUUUAGUAAAAAAAAAAUGUAUUCUAAUCGUUUGAUAUAUCGUAUACGUUCAAUAUUUUAUUGAUGAAGUUUUCGAUUGAAGCCUGUCUGUUUUAUAAAAUUUAAUAUUAUCGUUUAAGUAUAAAAAAAAUCGGUAAAAUCUUAUAUUUUAGAAAAUUUAAAUUAAAUACAACGUAAUUACUAAAGUCUGUAAUUAAUAAGGGAAACAUAUUGUUCGUUUAUCGCUUAAAAUAUUUUCCGAUAUACAUUCACUGUGCAAUAAUACAAAUAAUUCACUUAGAUGUUUCUUAUUUUAGGUGAUAUCUAUUAGAUCAUACUGUUUGAAAUAUUUUAAAUAUUGUGUGGCAAUCAAUUAACGAUACAUUAAUUACCACUUUAAAUGUUUGCAAUGAAAAUUGUUAAUCACGCGAUUCGAACAUUUCAACAGGAAGCAAAAAAGGAAAGAGAAGGAUGUUGUGUAAUAUAAUACAACAAGAAGUUACUCAACUACUCUCAUUUCAAGUGAUAUAGAUGUCUUAGAUACGUAGUGAGUUUGCAUAGAUCGUAAGUGAAACGUGGUAGCGCAUUGCAUUUAAAACAGGGAAAAAUAAAAAGAGUUGAUAUUACUACCCGUCUAGUAAAGUCUUGCAUUUUUUCAAGCAAAUGUAAAGUGAUGCUUGUAUCAAAUAUUAGAUGUUUCCGUAGUUACGUAACCAGUAUUUACUACAGUUAUUUACCUAACGGUUUUUGAGAUAAAUAUUAUAAAGAAUGUGUAUAAUCGAAAACAGGAGGGCUGCACUGGCAGCCGCUGGGUAAAAGUGUUAUUGCACAAAAAUCGAGCAUAGAGUACGUAUGCUUACAAGAAGCAUUUUGCUUAUAACUUUUUGAGCUAAAGCACUGUUUCAUGUAUGUAUAUUAACGAUGUUUGGUGGUAUUUAAUUACCUGAAAGUUUUUAUUCCCAAAAUUAAAAUUCUUGCCUUGUAAUAAAAAAAAGAAAAAAAAAUAGAAUUCAUAAUAUAUUUUUGUUAGUUGUAACGACUCGCAUCUUGGUUAAUAAUCUUAUAAAAUGUUUGAAAAAUAAAACUUUUAAAUGUAGUUGCAAAUUAGUUAUUGUAGGACGUAGAGAGUAUAGUGUUGAAUAUCCUCGACAUGUUAUUUUCAAAAAGUUUUAAGCAAACUAAUUAAAUUAACACUGUAUGUUACUUCUUGAGAAUAUAAGCACAAGGUGUGUUCUAUUUCUACUCUAUUUAAGGUCUAAGCUCAUCAAAUUAUGGAAAAAAAUGUUCGUUUAAGUAUGUUCGAAAUUUAUUUGUGUUUCAAUUCGUUUCUUAGAUGUUUAAAAAUUUACUACUUACGGUGUACAUUCCACUUCUUUGCACAUAUAUAUGUGAAUCUCAAGAAGUAAAAUGAUAGCAUAAGUUUCUAUUACUUUUUCAAUAGAAUUAUGUUUCCUGUA